AUGCCGCGACAACUGCCCUGGAAGAGCAACGCAAGUCGCACUCAAACGGUGAAGCCACCAUCUCGCCCGCCCAAAACGUCCAGGAUCCCAGAUGACAUCGACGAUGACUUCUUCCACGGGACUGUUCUCGCCAGCAGCAAGGACAAAGGCAAGUCAAAAGCAGCCUCAGAUUCGGAAGAAUUUCUUCCGGAUCUUCCUGAGGAGCCAUCGACACCGCGCACCAAGCAGUCGAAGAAUACGAACCCCAAAGAUCGAGCGCUGUCGUCGUCACCACCACUGCUGACCGACUAUGCACUCCCCCACACCGAGCCAAUGCGCAAGGGUGUGUCGAAGUUCGAUCUGCGGGACGAUGAAUGGAUGAUGGUCGAAGAUGAGUUUUUAGAGACCGCAAAACUGUUCACAAGACACCUACACAUUGCGGAGUACGACAGGCUGAAAGCGAGUAUUGAGGCGAAGAAGAAAGAAGCUGAGGUCGCGAGACCUGUUGUAGCAGGCGCAAAACGCUCGGUAGGAGGCGCCAUGAAAGAGAGGGCCAAGGUGCAGGACAGCAAGCAGAGGAAGGCGAUCAGAGAUGUAUUCGCCUCACAAGGCGACGAAAGCGAAGAAGACAGAGCUUCCUAUCGCCCUCAACCAAGCGGACCUACAUCGACGAUAGCAAAGCCGCGACCAGCUAUCAACGAAUCACAGGACACAGACAGCGACGACUUGGAUGUGCCGCGCGUGCCAAAGCCCAAAGUCGUAGCACCAAUACCCACAACAGCAAAAAGAUCACCGCCAGCUGCAUCACACAUUCCCAAGCCAGCAACGUCCUCCUUCGCCAAACCCGCUCUGCCAGCGAAAACAGCGCCCGCACGACCACGCGCCAAAGCCCCAAGAAUAACGCCGUUUGACAUGCUCGACGGAUACACGCCACCAAACCACAACAUAAAGCCGCGACCCACGUUCACUCCAGGCGAGACGCGGGUAUCGAGUUCUAGCAACCCAUGCUCACAGUCGAGUUCAUCCGGCCCAGCAUCGUCUCGGACACCACAGACGACAACCACGAGACCCGCAAAGCCUCCCCGGUCUCUGGAUCUGCUCGACGAGUGGGGAGCCACAGCAGAGACUGGCGGAGUCAGCAAGGAGAUAGCCGAUCGCGUCGCGAAGAGAAGAGCCGAACGGGAGCGAGAGGGACGUGGGAAGAAGGAGAGGAGAGGUACAGAUCUAGACGACAUUCCUACUUUCUUGUUUUGA